UGAAAUGAAGGACAUCAACGUCCUGUUUUUCCCAAGCUCAGACAUACAAGGGUGAGUUUUGCGUUUUAGUGAAGUGAAAUAAAAGAAUGUAUAUCUUUAAUUAAUUUUUUCUAUGUUUGGCGUACCAACAGGCCCAUGAAAAUCAAGCUAAUGUUUCAUGUUCUUGUUGAGAGAACGUUGCUUUUGUUUCAUUGUUUUAUCAAUACCACAUUGAGGGAAAUCUACUGUACUGUAUCAAUCAGCCUCUCUCUUAUCUCUUUUAUCUCCCUUUCUAUUUGUCUCAAGUUCUAAGAAAGAAGUUGGGCUGACUGUCAGGUAUGAUAUUCUCUAUUUUGUUCUUAUAAAGAAUAUUUUAUAAUGUACAGAUCUCACUUGAGCUUUUGAAUACCAGGAGUAACAUUGCUGUUGUUUUUUCCCUCUCUUUAUGUGUCAUCCAGCCUGUUAAACUGCAGUUUGAAUACUGAUCAGAUGACCAGACUGUGUCAAUUGCUAUCAAGAUGUCCUGGCCUCUCUGUCCUAGAGUAAGUAAAAAUGUACCCAGUGUUCUUGAGCAAGUCACAUCACACUGUGGGUAAAGACACUAAAUAAGUCAAGAGAAUCUGACUUUCUGUUUGGUGCUAUGUUGUGACCCCUGCAGUCUGUCAGGAGGCCACAUGAAGGCUGAUACUCUCAAGGCCCUGACUGACUCUCUACAGAAGCUGUACAUCUCCAAACAGAUUGUGUAAGACUGAUAUUUUAUUUUAAGUGUUAUACUUUUUAUAAAGUCAUGAUCUUGUGCCUGUCCCAUAUUAUGUUUGAAACUAGUUAUGUAGCCUAAUACGGUUAUUGUCUGUGUCUUGACAGUCUGAAUAACAGCCACAUAUCUGUUGAUGGGCUGAUGAUUCUGACCAGUUUCCUGUCUGUAUGUCCUGAUGUGGUUCAAGUGGACAUCAGGUAUGUUGUGUAUAGCACCCAUUAUUUUUCUUAGAUAGAGCCAAUAUAGACAGCACCCUUUCUGUGUGUGUAAACUGCAACCAGACUAAAACCACCACACUACACCAUCACUUCCUGGUGGCUUCACUAUUCAGAGGGUGUCUCGCCUGUCAAGAGGUUUGCUGUAGGCCCAAACUAUUAUACAACUUUUUUUUAGAAUGUCUUGUAAAUUCCUCUCAGAGCCUUCCCACUGGGCACAAACGUCAAUUCAAUGUCUAUUCCACGUUGGUUCAACGUAAUUUCAUUGAAAUGACAUGGAAACAACAAUGCCCAGUGGGUUACCACUCACUGUUAUGCAUUUUUCCCAUGCAUCCCCAUGACAGGCUGCAAGACCCUGUUCGUGUGUCCAUGCUUUUUUCUAGUGGGAUAGAGAAAUACAAGAUUUCUAAGAGACUUUGGUAUGUACAAUAUUUUCACUUGUAUAUUACUAAUGAUGUGGAUAAUGGUUUUGUACUGUAAGUGGCAUGACAUUGUCUCUGCUUUUCAUCCUCUUUUCCCAUGGUCCCUGUGUGCAGUCUGAUUGGCUGUGCUCUUCGUCCCCCUCACUUGGACCGUCUGUGUGGGAAUCUGAGAGACUGCUCUGCUUUGACUAUGCUGGAGUAAGUGUGCUCAGAGAGAGGCUGUCACGAUCGUCAUAAUAAGCGGACCAAGGCGCAGCGUGAUAAGCGUACAUUCUUUUAAUGAGUACACACACGAACAAAACAAUAAACGAUACGUGAAGUCCUAGGGUUAAACACAAACCUUACGGAUCAAGAUCCCACAAUACAAAAGUGCCAACAGGCUGCCUAAGUAUGGUUCCCAAUCAGAGACAACGAGAAUCAGCUGCCUCUGAUUGGGAACCACCCUGGCCAACAUAGAAAACACGAACUAGAACACAACAUAGAAAAUAACACAUAGAAACUUCACACACUGGCUCAACAUAUAAGAGUCCCCAGAGCCAGGGCGUGACAGUACCCCCCCAAAGGACAGCGGACUGCGACCGCGCCAACCAAACCCAACAGGGGAGGGGCCGGGUGGGCAUUGCACCUCGGAGGCGGAUCCGGCUCCGGGCGUGACCACCACUCUCUCGCUACCCCCCCGUAGCGCCCCUGGUCUGGUCUGGCCCCGCUGGCCGGAGCUGGACUGGACACCGGUGGAGCGGAUUGCUCAGGCUCCGGUGUGGAGCAGCUGACCGGUGCCUGACCAGGCACCACUGGCUUGGUGCGGGGAGCAGGAACAGGCCGGACCGGGCUGACGACGCGCACCACUGGCUUGGUGCGGGGAGCAGGAACGGGCCGGAACGGGCUGACGACGCACACCACUGGCUUGGUGCGGGGAGCAGGAACGGGCCGGACCGGGCUGACGACGCGCACCACUGGCUUGGUGCGGGGAGCAGAACAGGCCGGACCGGGCUGGCGACGCGCACCACUGGCUUGGUGCGGGGAGCAGGCAGAGGCCGGACCGGGCUGGCGACGCGCACCACUGGCUUGGUGCGGGGAGUAGGAACAGGCCUGACCGAGCUGACGACGCGCACCACUGGCUUGGUGCGGGGAGCAGGAACAGGCCGGACCGGGCUGGCGACGCGCACCACUGGCUUGGUGCGGGGAGCAGGAACAGGCCGGAUCGGGCUGGCGACGCGCACCACUGGCUUGGUGCGAGGGACAGGAACAGGCCGGGCUGGACUGGGAACACGCACCACAGGCUUGGUGCGGGGAGAAGGAACAGGCCGGGCCGGACUGUCGACGCGCACCACUGGCUUGGUGCGGGGAGCAGGAACGGGCCGGGCUGGACUGGGAACACGCACCAUUGGCUUGGUGCGGGGAGACAGAACGGGCCGGGCCGGACUGUGGAGGCGGACUGGAGGUCUGGAGCGGAGAGCUGACACAACCCGUCCUGGCUGAAUGCCUAUCUCCACACAAUAUGUGUGAGGCAUCAGCACAGGACAUACAGGGCUGUGCACUCGUACUGGCGCUACAGCACGUGGCACUGGCGCAGGAUAUCCGGGACCGAGGAGGGGUACUGGAGGCCACGAGCGUUGAGCCGGCACACUCCGUCCUGGCUGCAUGCCCACCUUAGCACAACACGUGCGUGGUGCUAGCACAGGACGUACAGGACUGUGCCGGAACACUCGCGGCACAGUACGUGGCUCCGCAUAACACGGAGCCUGCCCAGUCUCACGCUCCCUAGCCUGAGUACGGGGAGUUGGCUCUGCUCUACCUCUAGGCUCCGCCAACCACCCCUUUAGCCCCCCCCCAAAAAAAUAUUGGGGCUGUCUCUCGGGCUUCCUCCUCGGCCGGUACCCUCUGCGUUGCCGCUGCUCCUCUCUGUAGCGCGCCUCCACAGUCUCCUCCCAGGGACGGCGAUCCAUUCCGGCCUGAAUCUCCUCCCAAGUCCAGGAUCCCUUCCCGUCCAGGAUCUCCUCCCAAGUCCAGGCUGUCUGUUCCUGGACACGCUGCUUGGUCCUCUUUUGGUGGGAUCUUCUGUCACGAUCGUCAUAAUAAGCGGACCAAGGCGCAGCGUGAUAAGCGUACAUUCUUUUAAUGAGUACACACACGAACAAAACAAUAAACGAUACGUGAAGUCCUAGGGUUAAACACAAACCUUACGGAUCAAGAUCCCACAAUACAAAAGUGCCAACAGGCUGCCUAAGUAUGGUUCCCAAUCAGAGACAACGAGAAUCAGCUGCCUCUGAUUGGGAACCACCCUGGCCAACAUAGAAAACACGAACUAGAACACAACAUAGAAAAUAACACAUAGAAACUCCACACCCUGGCUCAACAUAUAAGAGUCCCCAGAGCCAGGGCGUGACAGAGGCUUUGGAGUGUGAAAUAGCAAUAAGGAUAAUUGUUGGAAUGCACAUAUACAAGGAUCUGUUUGUGUCUCUCCCUUUGUCAGUAUUUCCAACAAUGCUCUGGAAAACAAAGGUCUGAAGAAGUUGUUGGACCUCUUACCUCAGCUUAGCAACAUACAGGAAAUCAAGUAAGAAUUGCUAUAGCAACCCAAAUGUAUUUACCUUUUCUUCCUUUUUUGUCUGUUUUUUUCCCUUUUAAUCUUUGUUUCUGACCAUGGAAUUUCAGUAUACCCUCAUUUUGUUUUAGUGUCAGUGAGAAUGCAGUCAGCAUGGAAGGGGUGAUGCUGCUAGCUGGAACGCUGUGCUCACACAGGAACAUGAGUGAAGUGAAUGUCAGGUAUUCACAUCCCAUUACUGUCUUAUACAAACCAACAAAUGUGUACACGAACAGACAUGCUUGAAACCGGCAUGGUAGAAAGUGUUUGAAAUCAUGUCUAGUAUUAUGUUUGCAUUUGUGAUGAUGAUUAACUAUAAACAUGUUAUAUUUAUCAGUCAUGGGGGGAAUAAGAAGCUGUUCCUGAAAUUCCACUCCAGUAAAAGGUAAUAGAGCAAUAGAGUAAUAGCAAUAUACUGUAUAAUAGCUCCUCUUUCUGACUAUGUUGCUGUCGAAAUACCAAUUCUGUGACUCAGUAAGAUGUUGUAGUCCUAAUAACAGUUCACUGCAUCUCUGUCAUUUCAGAAUACAAUCAACAGGAUUGGAACAGUGUAAGAAACUCAGGUAGGACAUAGAGCAAUAUGUAACUUUUUGGGCGUCCCAACCAAAUUCACGUAGUUAUAAUGUGAGUUAUAGAUCUGUCAUUCUCAAUUAGAGCUUUCGCGCAAAAAGCCAUAACAUUCACUAUUGGAGUUCUGCGUGGUUAAGAUAAAAUCAUACAUCGAAUUACCUUGAGUACCUGUAGCGGUCCUGUGGGUGGGUGCAACUGUCAGGUGGGUGGGUGCAACUGUCCUGUGGGGGGGCUACUGAGCUUCACACUUUUUCUCUUGUAGUUGUUCUGCAUCUUAUUGAAUGUGUGAGUCGGCGGGGCUCUGUCUGAGGGAGGAGGGGGGAGGGGGAGGGGGUGAGGGUAAAAAGUCUAGCGUCCUACUCUUUUAUUUUUUGUUUAAGUUCAUGACUGAAUGUGGGCGGGGAGAGGGUGGGGGGACAGAGGGUUAAUGUGACUCUGUCAAUAUAAAUGAAAUGAAAUAAAAAUGUUAUCACAAAAAAAUAGACCUAUCAUUCUCAUUGAAAGUGAGUCUAAGAAGCGGUAGAUAAGUUCUAUGUGCGCUAUUUCUAUGCUUCCCGUGCUUAAGUUUUGUUUUUUGCGCCUUUUACUUUCGGUUUUGUACAGCAACUUCAAACUGCAGAAAAUACAAUAUUUUUGUUUAUGGACAAUAUAUUUCACAUCAGUUUAGAUGGUACAAUGAUUCUCUACACUAUACUUGCUUGUUUUAACACAUAAACUGAAAUUAGGCAAACUAUUAGAGUUUUAGCAACCAGGAAAUGGCAGAGCGAUUUCUGCAUAGUGCAUCUUUAACAUGAAAAAAUAGUUUCUGAGUUUUUCUUGUCCACUGAAUUUAUGUCCCAUUCACUUAACCCUCCCGUUGUCCUAGGGUCAAAAUGACCCGCCACUGUGUUGAACCAACUUUAUUUAAUUUUUAUAUUUUUUGGAUCAUUUGUGAGAAGGAGGCAGUGAUACUUUCUUUAAAGUCUCACUGCCUCCUUCUCACAAAUGAUCCCAAAAAUAUAAAAAUUAAAUAAAGUUGGUUCAACACAGUGGCGGGUCAUUUUGACCCUAGGACAACGGGAGGGUUAACUCUGAAAUAUAAUCCCAAACAUGUUUUUGUUUUAGUCUAACUCACAGUAGUAUCCAGCCCACUGACAUGAACAAGCUGUGUAGAAGACUAGUACAGUGUCCCAGCCCACUGGAGCUAGAGUGAGUUCUACUGUUACCCCUAUCUCUGUCAGUGUUCUGUCUCUGUCUUUCAGAGUUCUCUUCUCUCUUUAUUUCUUACCAGGUUACAAGUUUUCCUCCUUCCCAAUCCUCUGAAAAUAUUCUGUCUGUUGUAGUUCCUUUCUCAGCAGUCUUCUAACAUGAUAUUGUGAUCAGUUUCUCCCAUGGAUCCCUAAAGGACGAGGCUAUUGAAAAUCUAUUGAAGAUCCUGCCUAAGAUGACAUCUCUUCAGCUUCUCAAGUAAGUAUGCGUCACCCUGCUCAGUAAUGAUAAUGUCAGGGUCACAACACCGGUAAGGUUAGAAAGUGAAUGAUAUACAUUUCUCAUCAUUCUCCUUCGCCUCCUCCCUGCCUCCCAUAGUAUGAGCCAUGUCCAGAUGUCUACGGAUGGAGCGUUGUUAUUGGUCAGAUCUCUGAUAGACUGCCAACGUGUCAGAGCUGUGGAACUCCGGUAUGUACGGCUCAGGAUGUUCAGGUCAUCGUUCAUUCAUGUGGUUCAUACAUUUGGUUUUAUAUAUAUAUUAACUGUGUUUACAUAAAUUACCUUAAAUAUUGAUGUGCUUUUAAGGCCCCAAGGAGAAGCCUUCAUCAAGUUUGUCAACAUGAAAGCAGAACAAGCAACUUGCAGGUGAAUGUGUUUUCUCUGAUUAUACUGUUCCCACAUAUAGAAAUGCUAUAUUACAUGGCAUGUUAUAUUACAUUACAGAAAUUAGUUGUAGGUUAAUUAAGUGGUUUUUUAAAUCGGCCACAUCUUAUGUAGAGUUCCUUCAAGACCAGAGUAGAUAACCUCUGUGAUCUACAUGAGUUGUGGUCUACAACUUUCUCUCCUCUCUGUAACCUGGUUUAACCUCUCUGUCUGUCUGUCUGUCUGUCUGUCUCUCCUCUGCAGACUCACUCAGUACACACUGAGCAGUGGGGAUGUGGAGAAACUCUCUGGGAUCCUGGAGAAGUGUCCUCGUCUGUCUGACCUGGAGUGAGUGUCUGUGUCCCCUCUCCUCAAACACAUCCCUGUUCCUGCUUCACACUGUCCACAUUUUAGCAAAAAGAACAGUGUUUAUAAAUUAUGAUGUACUCGUAACUACUGCACUGUAUUCACAGAAAUACCUUACACUACUAGUGUAUACAGUGGGGAAAAAAAGUAUUUAGUCAGCCACCAAUUGUGCAAGUUCUCCCACUUAAAAAGAUGAGAGAUGCCUGUAAUUUUCAUCAUAGGUACACGUCAACUAUGACAGACAAAUUGAGAAAAAAAAAUCCAGAAAAUCACAUUGUAGGAUUUUUAAUGAAUUUAUUUGCAAAUUAUGGUGGAAAAUAAGUAUUUGGUCACCUACAAACAAGCAAGAUUUCUGGCUCUCACAGACCUGCAACUUCUUCUUUAAGAGGCUCCUCUGUCCUCCCCUCGUUUCCUGUAUUAAUGGCACCUGUUUGAACUUGUUAUCAGUAUAAAAUACACCUGUCCACAACCUCAAACAGUCACACUCCAAACUCCACUAUGGCCAAGACCAAAGAGCUGUCAAAGGACACCAGAAACAAAAUUGUAGACCUGCACCAGGCUGGGAAGACUGGAUCUGCAAUAGGUAAGCAGCUUGGUUUGAAGAAAUCAACUGUGGGAGCAAUUAUUAGGAAAUGGAAGACAUACAACACCACUGAUAAUCUCCCUCGAUCUGGGGCUCCACGCAAGAUCUCACCCCGUGGGGUCAAAAUGAUCACAAGAACGGUGAGCAAAAAUCCCAGAACCACACGGGGGGACCUAGUGAAUGACCUGCAGAGAGCUGGGACCAAAGUAACAAAGCCUACCAUCAGUAACACACUACGCCGCCAGGGACUCAAAUCCUGCUGUGUCCCCCUGCUUAAGCCAGUACAUGUCCAGGCCCGUCUGAAGUUUGCUAGAGUGCAUUUGGAUGAUCCAGAAGAGGAUUGGGAGAAUGUCAUAUGGUCAGAUGAAACCAAAAUAUAACUUUUUGGUAAAAACUCAACUCGUCGUGUUUGGAGUACAAAGAAUGCUGAGUUGCAUCCAAAGAACACCAUACCUACUGUGAAGCAUGGGGGUGGAAACAUCAUGCUUUGGGGCUGUUUUUCUGCAAAGGGACCAGGACGACUGAUCCGUGUAAAGGAAAGAAUGAAUGGGGCCAUGUAUCGUGAGAUUUUGAGUGAAAACCUCCUUCCAUCAGCAAGGGCAUUGAAGAUGAAACGUGGCUGGGUCUUUCAGCAUGACAAUGAUCCCAAACACACCGCCCGGGCAACGAAGGAGUGGCUUCGUAAGAAGCAUUUCAAGGUCCUGGAGUGGCCUAGCCAGUCUCCAGAUCUCAACCCCAUAGAAAAUCUUUGGAGGGAGUUGAAAAUCCGUGUUGCCCAGCGACAGCCCCAAAACAUCACUGCUCUAGAGGAGAUCUGCAUGGAGGAAUGGGCCAAAAUACCAGCAACAGUGUGUGAAAACCUUGUGAAGACUUACAGAAAACGUUUGACCUGUGUCAUUGCCAACAAAGGGUAUAUAACAAAGUAUUGAGAAACUUUUUUGUUAUUGACCAAAUACUUAUUUUCCACCAUAAUUUGCAAAUAAAUGCAUUAAAAAUCCUACAAUGUGAUUUUCUGGAAUUUCUUUUCUCAUUUUGUCUGUCAUAGUUGAUGUGUACCUAUGAUGAAAAUUACAGGCCUCUCUCAUCUUUUUAAGUGGGAGAACUUGCACAAUUGGUGGCUGACUAAAUACUUUUUUUCCCCACUGUAUGCCUUGCUCAAUGGUCAAACUGUGUUUUCCCUCGCUGAAAAUUAGGGUUACAGUAUCUUGGCUGUUUUUCAACACAUUUUCUACCAACUUUUCUCAUCAUGGAUAAUAACCCUUUCUUUUAAACGAUGCAGUUUAUCCAGUAACCUUCUGAGAGACGAGGGAGUGAAGAGCUUUGUGGAUUCUCUGCCAAGGCUGCGGAUUGCCAGCUCAGUGAAGUAAGACUCAUUACAAUGGCCUAUCUUCCUUCAGCCCAUACAGUGAACUCCAUUACGGCUAGUGCUGUUCUGUUUCAUCAAGAUAAACGUCUGUCAAUUUACCUCCUCUGAUAAUCCUGUUUUAUCAGUGGUAGCAGAUGCAUCUGUUCUAUCUUUGUGGGGGUUAGUUGUGCUUGCUUGUACAGCUGUGUUCUGUUUUUAUCUGCAGUCUCGGUGAUAACAGACUCACUCAGAUGGGGGCGCUCUACCUUCUGAACACAGUGACAACCUGUGAAAAGGUGGUUGAAGUGGAAGUCAGGUAAAAUCUGUUGAACAAUACCAUGUUGGCAAAGUUAACAUUUACUUGUCUAGACCCCCAUAUAGCAGGGUUCCCCAAUAGGCGGUCCACGGGCCAAAUUCGGCCCACGGGUGAUUUUAUUUGUCUGAAAUUUGCUGAGCAAAUUUUAUUUUACAAAUUUUUUUGCGGUUGGACAUAAAAUACUGUAAAAUCACCAGGAAAUCAGCUCAAAGUGAAUUCAAUUUUUGAAAUUUGUUCCAAAUUAUUCCCACGCUUAAAUAGAGAGGCAUAUGUGAUUGUAUCCCAAUGUAAUCAAGGUUUGAAAUGAUUCCAUUUUUGUGAAAUACUAUAUCUGUUUGGGAUUCUUGCGGUCAAUUUGUACAAAUUAUUUAGAACUAUGUUCCGGCCCCACAACCAUCCGCUCAAGGAAAAAUCGUCCCACAGCUGAAUGUAACUGGGGACCCCUGCCAUAUACAGUGGGGAGAACAAGUAUUUGAUACACUGCCGAUUUUGCAGGUUUUCAUACUUACCAAGCAUGUAGAGGUCUGUAAUUUUUAUCAUAGGUACACUUCAACUGUGAGAGACGGAAUCUAAAAUCCAGAAGAAAAAAAUGUGUAUGAUUUUUAAUCCAGAAAAUCACAUUGUAUGAUUUUUAAGUAAUUAAUUUGCAUUUUAUUGCAUGACAUAAGUAUUUGAUACAUCAGAAAAGCAGAACUUAAUAUUUGGUACAGAAACCUUUGUUUGCAAUUACAGAGAUCAUACGUUUCCUGUAGGUCUUGACCAGGUUUGCACACACUGCAGCAGGGAUUUUGGCCCAUUCCUCCAUACAGACCUUCUCCAGAUCCUUCAGGUUUCGGGGCUGUCGCUGGGCAAUACGGACUUUCAGCUCCCUCCAAAGAUUUUCUAUUGGGUUCAGGUCUGGAGACUGGCUAUGCCACUCCAGGACCUUGAGAUGCUUCUUACGGAGCCACUCCUUAGUUGCCCUGGCUGUGUGUUUCGGGUCGUUGUCAUGCUGGAAGACCCAGCCACGACCCAUCUUCAAUGCUCUUACUGAGGGAAGGAGGUUGUUGGCCAAGAUCUCGCGAUACAUGGCCCCAUCCAUCCUCUCCUCAAUGCGGUGCAGUCGUCCUGUCCCCUUUGCAGAAAAGCAUCCCCAAAGAAUGAUGUUUCCACCUCCAUGCUUCACGGUUGGGAUGGUGUUCUUGGGGUUGUACUCAUCCUUCUUCUUCCUCCAAACACGGCGAGUGGAGUUUAGACCAAAAAGCUAAAUUUUUGUCUCAUCAGACCACAUGACCUUCUCCCAUUCCUCCUCUGGAUCAUCCAGAUGGUCAUUGGCAAACUUCAGACGGGCCUGGAUAUGCUCUGGCUUGAGCAGGGGGGCCUUGCGUGCGCUGCAGGAUUUUAAUCCAUGACGGCGUAGUGUGAUACUAAUGGUUUUCUUUGAGACUGUGGUCCCAGCUCUCUUCAGGUCAUUGACCAGGUCCUGCCGUGUAGUUCUGGGCUGAUCCCUCACCUUCCUCAUGAUCAUUGAUGCCCCAUGAGGUGAGAUCUUGCAUGGAGCCCCAGAUCGAGGGUGAUUGACCGUCAUCUUGAACUUCUUCCAUUUUCUAAUAAUUGCGCCAACAGUUGUUGCCUUCUCACCAAGCUGCUUGCCUAUUGUCCUGUAGCCCAUCCCAGCCUUGUGCAGGUCUACAAUUUUAUCCCUGAUGUACUUACACAGCUCUCUGGUCUUGGCCAUUGUGGAGAGGUUGGAGUCUGUUUGAUUGAGUGUGUGGACAGGUGUCUUUUAUACAGGUAACAAGUUCAAACAGGUGCAGUUAAUACAGGUAAUGAGUGGAGAACAGGAGGGCUUCUUAAAGAAAAACUAACAGGUAUGUGAGAGCCGGAAUUCAUACUGGUUGGUAGGUGAUCAAAUACUUAUGUCAUGCAAUAAAAUGCAAAUUAAUUACUUAAAAAUCAUACAAUGUGAUUUUCUGGAUUUUUGUUUUAGAUUCCGUCUCUCACAGUUGAAGUGUACCUAUGAUAAUAAUUACAGACCUCUACAUGCUUUGUAAGUAGGAAAACCUGCAAAAUCAGCAGUGUAUCAAAUACUUGUUCUCCCCACUGUAGUUAGUACUGUAAGUCUGUGUAUUGUUUAAUGUCUGUCUGUAGUUUGGGAACUGAGGAGAGGUCGCUCAUCCGCUUUGAACAGGACAGUGACUGUGGCAAAACUCUGAGGUAAGACAACAAAAAGGCUACUUUCUACUUAUAAAUGCAAUUGAAGUGGCAACACAAACACCAUACUGUAAACUAAUUUAGCUAGGCAAACAGGAAGCAUAGUUUAUUUGUUCUCAGAAAAAUAACAUAUAAAAACUGAAAGGAUUGCCAGUAUAAAUUAUAUCCAACCUCUCCCAUAUGACUCAUAGACAUGAAAUCCAUCUCUUCAGUCUCUCACCUUCUUUUUCUGCUUCAUGUUCCCUGGACCCUGCAGUCUGAGAGAGUGUCAUUUUGGGGCUGACCAUCUGCAGAGACUAGCAGAGAUUCUGAAGAGCUGUGCUGCUCAGUUGGUCAAACUGAGGUGAGAAUGGAACUGGGAGAACUGCUUGACCUUUGAGAUAAUGAACCUGAAACUCAUCAAAUUUGAAAAAGUUAAAAAAACACCACUGAAUUUGAAAGAAUCACAGAAGUACAGCAUGAUGGCAGUAGAAGGAUGAUAAUAUACUGAACAAAAAUAUAAACGCAACAUGCAACAAUUUCAACGAUUUUACUGAGUUACAGUUCAUAUAAGGAAAUCAGUCAAUUGAAAUAAAUUAAUUAGGCCCUAAUCUAUGGAUUUCACAUGACUGGGCAAGGGUGUAGCCAUUGGUGGGCCUGGGAGGGCAUAGGCAAUCACCCAAGUCAAUCAGAAUGAGUUUUUCCCUACAAAAGGGCUUUAUUAGAGACAUAAAUAUUAUUCAGCCCCCCCUCCCCUAAAACAAUCCCGCAGGUGAAGAAGACGGAUGUGGAGGUCCUGGGCUGCCGUGGUUACACGUGGUCUGCGGUUGUGAGGCCGGUUGGACAUACUGCCAAAUUCUCUAAAACGACAUUGGAAGCAGCUUAUGGUAGAGAAAUGAACAUGACAUUCUCUGGCAACAGCUCUGGUGGACAUUCCUGCAGUCAGCAUGUCAAUUGCAUGCUCCCUCAAAACUUCAGACAUCUGUGGCAUUGUGUGACAAAACUGCACAUUUUAGAGUUACUUUUUACUGUCCCCAGUACAAGGUGCACCUGUGUAAUGAUCAUGCUGUUUAAUCAGCUUCUUGAUAUGCCACACCUGUCAGGUGGAUGGAUUAUCUUGGCAAAGGAGAAAUGGUCACUAACAGUGAUGUAAAAUUUGAGAGAAAUAAGCUUUUUGUGUGUAUGGAACAUUUCUGGGAUCUUUUAUUUCAGCUCAUGAAACAUGGGACCAACACUUUACAUGUUGAUUUUAUAUUUUUGUUCAAUAUGUUAUUCCUGUAUGGUUCUGGGGAACAGUGUUUUCUCUUGUGUAUGUAGGUUAUCCUGUAACACCAUGCAGAGAGAAGGCCUCCUGGCUCUACAGAACAGCCUGACUACCCUGUCCUCAUUACACACACUGGAGUGAGCCCACACGCACGCGCGCAAGCGCAAGCGCGCACACACACACACACACACACACACACACACACACACACACACACACACACCACACACUGGUGAAUGACUCUGCAAGUUAUUGGAUGUGAAAUGACUGACUUUUUUCCCUUCAGUAUAAGAAACAACGGACUGAAUGUUCAGGUGAUUGAAGGCUUGGUGAAGCAGCUGAGGUGUGGUCAUGUCCAACGCUAUAUCAGGUGAGGAGGAGGAUAUGGGAAUAGCAUGUGGUGUCUGUGUAUUUGUGUAUCGGCUCUCUUGUGUGAGUGUGUAUGAUUCAGGUUAACAGGCUGUGUGUGUUUCCCAUCAGUAUUGAGGAGACAUGGAUCACAGCAGAAGCAGCUGUAAACCUGGUCUCCUGCUGCUUGAACCUGAACCCCAACAUACACACCAUCAGGUGAGAAUUCAUGUUGGCAUUGGGGUAAUAUUUAGAAGUAUAGGAAAAUAGAACAUGACAUUCAUAAUGUAUGUAUGAACUUAUUUUGCAGGGUAAACCAAACCAUUGUACAAAUUACUUUGGAAGAAUUCACAAAUCACACUCCUACCAGGUAAAGCUGAAAGACAUUUACGUUGUCUAUUUGCAAAAUAUUUGUAGAUGUGAAGAUAAAGAUAACAGCUCUUUCCGUUUUAACUGAGCUGGCUUUAUUUGUGUUUCAGUGGUGACUCUGUGGACAUGGCUAGCUCUCUGUCUACUGUGACCAUCAGGUGAAAGCAGCUUCCUCUGUUAUUCCUACAUCAACGGGAAUGUGUGUAAGAUGGCUCAGAAUUGGUUACUGCAUGUGAGCUCUCCCUGUUAUAUGUUCCUGUCUCUUGCGUGUUUCAGCCUGGUAGACUGUGCAGUACAAGGGAACCACCUAGUGUCUCUGCAGACUGUGCUCCAGAGAUGCACUCUGCUGCAGGACCUAGAGUAAGUAUCUGCAAGAAGGGACCAAGGACUACUUUGGAAGUAGUUAAAGUGUUUGUAAUGUCUAAUUUAAUUUAGUUAAGUUAUACCUAUUUAUUAUUUUCCUCUUUAGUUUGUCACACAACAGCGUUGGUAGAGUGGGAGCAGAGUUUCUCUGCUCUGUCCUACCAUCCUUAGUUAGUCUGAGGAAACUCAGGUGAGGCUUAUGUUUUUAUGGAUUUGGGGGUUGGAAGGGCUUUAUGUGGGUUUUGUUGGCCAAGGAUGAAUAUCUUAGGCUGCACAUGAAAAAUAUAAACAUGUUUCUGUUUUCCCGUAGUCUUGAGUCAAAAGAAACAUCUGAAGAUCUGGUAUUGCUCCUUGCCGAGGGGUUGUUGCAGGCUAAAAGCAUUGAGAGCUUGAAGUAAGUCAUUGUCAAUUCUCUCCCAUGCCUACUUGUUAUGUUUUGUUUCUGGCCCUGACUCUGACCUUUCACCACUCUCUUCUGUCUCCCUUAGUUUUUCUGGUCAUGUAAUCAGUGACAGAGGAGCUGUAGUUCUGACCAGAACACUCCAGAACCUACCAAAUAUCAGAACAAUUAAGUAAUAACUGACACGCUUUUUUUCUCUACACCUGUAUUCAACCCCCUGGCCAGUGACACAACAAUACUAAUGCUGAUCCCUCUGUCCCCCAGUCUAUCCCAGUGCUCUGGUUGGACAGCGGCAGGAGCAUUGGACCUGGUCAGAGGGCUUGGACAGUGUCUCUCUCUGGAGGGGAUCAGGUAAAAAAAACACCAACACUGACCUCCCACUGCAGCGCCACAUGACCACCAUGACUGACAGACAGCGUUGGAGAGUAUCAUUUAGCUAUUCCUAUGAUAUACUGUGUGUCCUGGGGUAAGGGUAUGAGCUAAUAUCUGUAUCCUGUCCACAGCCUUGACUUUGCACAGCUGGAUGAAGAGAGCACAGUCUCCUUGGCACAGGGGCUCCAUGCUAUGACCUCCUUGAAGAGGCUAAAGUGAGUAGUGCUUCCUGAAGAAGAACGUAGUGGGCUUUGCCAUGCCUGAGACAAAUGUGGUGUAGAGCGUUAUCUUUACCAAUGAUUUGUGAUCUGUCCGUAGUCUGAAUAAGAAAGUUACCAUGGUGACUGGAUCCCCAGGGGAGGGGGCCACACUGGUCCUACUGGCCUCUCUGGAGGGGCUCAGAGGGAUGGAGGAGAUAGAGUGAGUAGAAUAAUGAUGUCAAGUAGUAUCUGACUUCUGCAUGGACUAGACAUCACUUCUGAUGUGGUAUUGUCAAUGUGUGUCUGGCCUGCAGGUUGGAGGGGAUGAGGAUGUCAGAUAAAGGAGUAGAGGAGCUUAUCAAACACCUGCCCACCUGGACAGGCCUGAGGAAGAUCAGGUAGGGUCCAGGGAUUAUUGAACUGGAGGAAUGGCUGGGGAACAGACCUGGACAAAAAAUAGCUUACAUAAUUAAUGUGUCAAAUUAAGCUAAGACAUGCAUCAUCAAUCUGUCAAAUUAUCCAAUCUUAGAACCUGUCAAAGGACCAGCUGAUAUUCAAAUGGGCUUCAUGGGUACAACUUUGGUGUGUGUAGGAUUUAGGCAGACAUUUUAAAAGUGUCAUCAUGAAAGAGGUAUAGAGCUGGUUCAAAGUGCUGAUUGGUUGUAAAGACACACCUUUAUUAUAUUGUCCUCACAAAGUUUAGCCUAUUCUACUUUCUGAACUGGUUCAGAGGAAACAUACUGAGGAAACAUACUGGUAUUAUGAUCUAUGAUAUGAAGUGUACCUGUUUCUCUCUCAAUCAUUAGAAGAGGAGAGUGUUCACCCAUAUCUCUGUAUAAAAAACACAGACUGGGAUGUCAUUCAACCUCUUUGUCUUUGUGUGUCAGCCUGUCAGAGAACUGUAUCGGUGACCAAGCAGGAGAGAGGCUGGUCCAGGCCCUGGCUAACUGCACAGAACUGGAGGUACUCCAGUAAGGCCAAGUUCUAAAUAUCUAUCCAUACUGCCCUAUUUCUAAUGGGCUUUCAAAAUGGACAAAAAUAAAAGGUUAGAAUUUUGACUGCAAACAAUGCACCGCCUGACCCAUUACGUUAUAUCUCAGUCUGUCCAGAAAUAAACUCAGCCUAGCCUGUGCUGCCAAGAUGGGACAAGUUCUGCCCACUCUCACUCACCUCAGGGUUCUAGAGUAAGUAUAUUUCCAUCUGUUCUUUUGUUUGGCUUGGAUCAUGUUACGUUUAUUUAUUGAUUAUAUGCAUAUAUUGCAAUGUAACUGCAGCCCUAACCCUUGUUUAUGUUCACGGUUGUGUUUUUGUGAAAAGUCUCUCAGAGAACCCGAUUGGUAGAGAAGGAUCUGUCAGUAUCUCCAAUGCGCUGAUCUUCAUGAAACAUUUGACAAAGAUACAGUAAGAUAUACCCUAUGUAAUCUGCCACAUACAGACUGUGUAUACUCUGCUCAAUCUUGGGGAAUGCAGAGGAGAGGUAAGCUGUUAAUGUACUUGUUGUCUUUCAGCUUGACCUCCAUAGGGACUUCAGAGCUGACUGGUCUAGCUGCCAGCUUGGCUUCCUGUGUCUGUGCAGAGGAUGUCAGGUAAGGGCCUCAGUGUCAGGAGGAACUUAUACAGGCAGCAAAGAGCUUUAUUCUUCUGGUUCUCAUGUUCAUGACCAAUGUUACCAUGUUCCCUUACUCUCUUUUUCACUCCCUGUUAAUUGUGUCAGUUUUGCGUGGAAUGAUUGUGGAGAUGAUGUCGCAGUGAAGCUUUCCGAAGUUUUACCACAAUGCCAGAAGCUAAGGAGACUUGAGUGAGUGUUGAGUUUACAGUUAUGCACAUUGACUUGUCGUAAAUAGACCUGAUAAUCAGAUCAUUGUUUUUAUAUCUUUGAUUUUAGUCUUGAGUCGAACAGUAUCAGCGCUACUGGAGCAGAAGCACUUGCCAGAAGCUUACAGUCUUGUCCGUCGCUUGAAGUGAUCAGGUACAUUUAAAUUUUAUUCAUAUAGCAGACACUGUUAUCCAGAGCAACUUAGAGUUAGUUAGUGCAUUCAUCUUAAGAUGGCUAGGUGAGACAACCACAUGUCGUAGUAAUUGCAUUUUUCCUCAAUAAAGAAGUUAUCAGCAAAGUCAGUCCUAGUAGGAAAAGAUAAGUGCAAGAAACCUUUUUUUUUUUGGGGGGGGGGGGUCUUAUUUAAGAUACUACAUGAAGAGGUAGGGUUUCAGACGUUUUUGGAAGAGAAACUGGUUCCACCAUUGGGGUGCCAGCCAGGACAGAGAAGAGAUUUGACUGGAAUGAGCGGGAGCUGACCUCCCUUAGGGGUGGGACGACCAAGAGACCAGAGCUGGCUUGGAAAUGUAGCUUGAAAAUGUUUAGUUGAAUUCUGUCAAUCGUAUUAAUGUACUUAUGCUGACUAUCAACCAGAAAUUGGGUACUAUCUUUGUUGUGUACAAUGCCAGUAAUACUUAUUUCCUCUCCCUGUUUGACCAGACUGUGGAGGAAUAGUAUCUCUACCAGUGAUGCCCAGAGACUGAGACAGAGGGAGAAGAGGCUCAACUUCUUCUCCACA